AUGAGGCCCUUCAAGUUAAGUAAACCUUUCCAGAACUUAUCAAUACCUCAGAGUAUUUUGCAGAAAGCGAGGUUGUUAUUCUCGUCCUUAGCUCUUGUGUUUCUUGUAGUGGUGCUAGUCAUUCCUUAUUUAGACAGUAAAAUAUUUUACUGUGCCAGGAUCAACUGUACCCGUGAAGACCUUUCCGAAGCAUUGUACAAUUCGCUUAGGACGUCUGUGACGUCAACAGAGGGCGAUACCCCCGUAGAUGCUACGCUAACGAACUCGCAGGUCAUUGCAUUGACGGACUACACAGAAUCUCUUUACGCAAGUGCUCCGCAGUUCACGAUAAAUUCAUUGUGGAGAUGGUGUUCUGGAAACUAUAUCCAGGAAGAAGUUAUUGACAAGUAUGGUCAGGUCACCCACAAACAUGUAAACGAAACUUUGACUUGCUAUGACUAUCACCCAAGUCAAAACCAGUCUAUAUUCGACUAUGUAGGACAACUCCAGGCUAUUGGGUUGGAAAGUAUAAUGGCAUACGCCUAUAGUGAUGAUGUAGACAAUGCGACAAAAGAGGCUGGAUAUCAUGAGCGAGUGUAUCAAAGAGGUAGGGCCUUUAAACUAGUGAAUCCAGCAAUUGGGUUUUCGGCCAUCUUACAGGGUAUUAUUAUUAUCUUUACUCUUAUACUAUAUAGUAGCCGAUUUCAGAAGGCUGAUGAUCACCAGUAUGCGGAUUUGGAAAGUGUCCCAAGAUUUUUGUUGCAUAUCAUUACCGUUAUCUCAUGUGUUGCAUUUUUAAGCGGUUCCAUCGGAGCCAGCAUCAUAACUCGAAUAAUGAAUGACGUUCAAGGUGAAAUCAGGGACGAUUUAGAAGCUUGGGGAAUCGAAAUGAAAUUUGGCACCUUGUUUGUACUGUUCUUGUGGUGGGGUGUAUCCUUCACAAUAUUGGUUAUGUUCAGCUGGGCUCUCCCAGUCUGGUGUGCUAAUCCAGUAGACAAUGACUUUUUUGAUGACGAAGAGGAUAACUCUCCUCAUCAUAACUUAGUAUUCUCCAGAAGAACUACUGCUACGUAUCAACCAAGGGAAGAAAAGUAUUUAGCUAAAGAAAAGAUCAGAAAGAUUCAGAGCGAUACUUCAAAAUUGAGCAAAGCCAAAAAUAGAGUAAGUGGUUUGCUAGGAGUGAAGAAGAAUGGUAAGAACAACGUUUCAUUCAGUGAUCAAGAUGAUAACUUGCACUAUGAGAGAAAUAGGUUAAUUAAUGAAGACAAUGCAAAUAUGGAUGAGAAUGAAUUAGAUGCCAAUGAAGAUGAAUUUGGUGACAUCUUAUCAAAUUCUGGUCACUCAGCUUCUUCAAUAGUAGCUGGUGGAUCAGCGGAACUUCAUCACAUUUCUCCAAUAUUUGAAGAAAAGAAUGAGGAAGCUUUAAGACAACUUGGUAGAUCUUUGUCAAGGAAAUCUUCUGUAAGGCAUCUAAAUAGAAACUUAUCCAAAUCUAAGACUAAGAUAAGUAUUUUAGAAUCCCAGAGCGAAGAGCCCCUAGCUGACAAUACCGCUGGAAUUGGCAGAUCAGGUAGCCAACAUUCUCAACAGCAAACAUAUGAUGGGUAUGGCCAUAAUAAAAGCCAAGGGCCCACCCAAGACCUAGAAGUUGAUAAUGAGUUUGAUUACAAAGAAGAUGACCAGGUGAUUAACCAAAGGAAUUUAUUGGAUAUAUUACAGACUAGACAGAGAAGGGAAUCGGUGGGCUCGUCCUUUUUGAAUGCAGAUGAAAUUGAACUAUUGGAUUUCAAUGAGAGCAUACAUAAACUUUAA